AAGAUGGCGGAGAAUUCCUUGGAUGCAACAGAAGAUGUUGCUUUAAAUUUUGGUGACGAGGAAGACGCUAUGAGAGGGAAAAAAUUUCGGCAUCCUUAUGUGGCAUUCUUUCAUGUAUUUUUUCGUGUAUCAGCUGUUGUUGCUUAUUUAUUAUGUGGAUGGUUCAGUGAUAGUUUUAUUACAAACUUUGUUGUCAUCGUGUUGCUGUUGUCAUUUGAUUUUUGGACUGUAAAAAAUGUCAGUGGGAGACUUCUUGUUGGUUUACGAUGGUGGAACUAUGUUGAUGAGGAUGGAAAUAGUCAUUGGGUUUUUGAAGCAAGAAAGAAUAACUCCUGUGUUACUAAUGCAGAGUCUAAAGUGUUCUGGCUUGGUUUGAUUAUUUGUCCURUCUUAUGGACAUUUUUCCUUGUAGCUGCCCUUUUUUCAUUGAAAUUUAAGUGGUUGCUUGUUGUUGUCGUUGGACUUGGAUUGAAUUUUGCUAACAUGCUUGGAUACAUAAAGUGUAAAAARGAUGCAGGAAAGAAGAUUAAAAGUUUUGCUGGGAAUUUUCUUGGAAGGCAGAUUCUCUCUCAGUCUGCUAAUCAACUUCAUUCUCAAUUCUACAUUCAACCUUCUGGUAAUAUGAUGCCGAAAGCGCCAUGGCUUCAGGGGAAAUCAAGUAAAGGCACAAUUAAUACAUAGACAUAUUGCCAGGCAAAAUGCAUAUUAAAAAUUCUAGUUAAAGAUUCUUUUGUAGAUUUGUAAAAAAAAAAACAUUGCAGUUGUAUCUAUCUUGAGCAUCUUUUGAAAGUGGAUURCUCUCAUGRAGUAAAAUUGUCAAAUCCAAUCAUUGUAAUGUUGGUGUGUAAAUUUACUGUGAGUUGAAAUCACACUCAAAGGAAAAAAUUCAAUGAGGGUAUAGAUGUGUUAAAACCAUAUAUCAGACAUAAAUAUAUAGCAUUAUUAUUGUCAAAUUUGUAGAUGUASAACUAAGAUAGUGUGGAAUUGAUCCAAAAUGAUAAAAUCAAAGAUUUUAAAUAUCUAUAUUUAGAUGGUGUAGUUUAUAAUAUUUAUGCAUAUAGUGUUUUUUGUAAACUUGUGGCAUAUACUUUCUUUUUUUCUCUGMUCAAUGAUACAGAUUUAUGCUUGGAUUUUCCACAGAAUUAAUAAUAAUUUAUCAAAAGGUGUAUAGGAGUAACAAAAAGUUCUUAUAUUUAUUUUAAGGUUGUUUAACUGAACUAAAAAUGAAUAAACAAGUUACAUUUAAAAA